AACAUACCUGCAUAUCACUUCACACAUGAAGUAAUUGCCUUCUUAUCACUUACUCCAAAGCUAUCAAUAUUUCAAUUUUGAAACUCUCUAUUCAGUAUACCAAACGAAAGUUGAUUAUGACAAAGGACGAUAUAACUUACGUUGUAUUUUUUUAUUCAUUAGUAGUGGCUUCGAUUAUUGAUAGAUUUUUUGUGAUAGAUAGGCACAAAGGACAUUAUGGAGCCGGAGUUGGGAUGACGGCUUUAUUAUUCUUGUGUGGCUCUGAAAUAUUGUACCCUUUAGUGAAUGUAGGAAUAAACACAAUCAUCAUAUUAUGUUUCAGCCGAAAAAGAUGGUCUGGGAUUUUAUCUUUCAUCUUCACUUCUGCUUAUCUAUUUUACUUUAGAUAUUACUGUUUCGCCUCAUCUCUCACAAACAUGUUCAUGAUGAGUACCACAUUGAAAAUGAUGAGUGUUGCAAUUGAUCACGCCAAAGUGAAUGAAUUUCCGAAACAUAAUGAUGAUACCGAAUUUCAGCUUACUAAUGAAAUAACUUUUGAACACUUAAUUUUUUAUGCUCUACACUACAUAGGCUUAGUAGGGGUUCCCUUUUACACCUAUAAAACUUAUAGCGAUUAUAUCAACCUACCUUUCAAACAUCAUUCUUCGGAUUGGCAAUACAAAAGUUGGAUCUGUGUGAUAGAUUCUUUUAUCGUUAUCCUUGGAAGACAAUUACUGAACUACUUUUGGCCAUUCUCGUAUUUUUUGACUGACGAAUUCCUGGAGAAAAGGAGCAUUUUCUACAGAAUAUGGAUAAUUUAUCCUUUAGGAUUCGAUUUUGUAUUGAGGAUAUACAAUGCUUUUAUAAUGGCAAAUAUUCCUUGCUAUAUAAGUGGUCUUGGAGCUUAUCCUGAUUUCACUAAACCAGAAUGUGGUCAUGGUCCAACUAUAAACAUUGAAAAAAUGAAGAUGUUGUCGAAGGAAAAUUUACACGAUGUCACAUUUUCAUACAAAACCAUUGAAAAUGCAAAGAUAAAAAAAGUAUACUUUUUAAUGCAGUUCAAGAAAUCGAUCAAAUAUUGGAAUCGAACAAUACAGUUCUGGUUAUAUAAAUAUGUAUUUAAAAUGGUUCCGUAUAAUGCAUUGAAGAAGCCAGCAACGAUGUUAUUUUCAAGUUACUGGCAUGGACUCCAAUUAAGUAAUUUGUUAUCGCUGUUUUUCGUAUCUUUGAUAAUUUAUAUCGAGGAACGAUGGGAAAACAUUUUGAAAGGAAAGAAAUUCUCAUCAUUCCACAAGUGCAUUCGGACCGUUUUGAAAAUACACAUACUCUACAAUCUCAUUACUAUUUUCAUUAGCCAAGAAUGGAAUGUAAUAGUCAGAUACCAGUCAUCAGUAUAUUGGAACUAUAUUGUGAUCUUAUCCCUGCUCCUUUUGUCUUCAUUUUUUGUAAGACCUUAGGAAAUUGAUUGUGCAUUUCAUGUGAGUUAAUCUUAAACAAUUGUAUUCUAGGAAAUAUAUUUAUAUGAAUAACUUUA